UUUUAGCACGAGAACUUCCCCAAUUGCCCUUCUCCGAUAAAUCCAUAUAUCAACUAUGCCCCUCCUGAUUUUCCUCCAACUCGGGUCUUCAAUCGGUUGACUCGUCCCUGCACGACCGUAGAUCCACGAUCGCCUUCCUGAUUCGACUCAGUAAUUCGGUUUGAAGGUUUAGGAUGGAGCCGAUGGAUAUCGUUGGGAAGUCCAAGGAAGACGCUUCGCUUCCAAAAGCAACUAUGACCAAAAUCAUCAAGGAGAUGUUGCCCCCAGAUGUACGCGAUGCAAGAGAUGCUCAAGAUCUUUUAAUUGAGUGUUGUGUAGACUACAUUGAGAAGUUCAAGAAAUAUGAAGCUGACUACACUUGUCGGUUGAUGGCAAAAUACUUCUCUAAGAAGAAUCUUUAUGGAGGCGACAUAUUUGAUGAGAAUAUGACAAUAGAUGAUGAGAUCAUAAAGUCAAGCAGGUGGCCUUGUACCCGAUCAUACGCAGACCCACUGCAGGGUUUUGAAGACAAAAGCAACGGCGUUUCAGCUUAUUCAGAUGAAUCCCCACCUAAUGUCUCAAACCCCGUGAAGAAGAAUGGCUGACGAUUCAAUUUGCUCACUCUUUUUUGCCUUACUCUCGGACCUACCUAUAUAUCCCUACUGUAUAUCAAUAAAUAGCGUAGACCAACGAAUUGUUACCGGAGGAAAUGAUCCAAUUUUUUCAAUUAUCAAUGCAUUUGCAUCCA